AUGUCAGCCAAGGACGAGCGUGCCAGGGAGAUCCUGAGGGGCUUCAAACUAAAUUGGAUGAACCUUCGGGAUGCUGAGACAGGGAAGAUACUCUGGCAAGGAACAGAAGACCUGUCAGUCCCUGGCGUGGAGCACGAAGCCCGUGUUCCCAAGAAAAUCCUCAAAUGCAAGGCAGUGUCUCGAGAACUGAACUUCUCUUCAGCAGAGCAAAUGGAAAAAUUCCGCCUGGAACAAAAAGUCUACUUCAAAGGACAAUGCCUGGAAGAAUGGUUCUUCGAGUUUGGCUUUGUGAUCCCUAACUCAACAAACACCUGGCAGUCCCUGAUAGAGGCUGCGCCCGAGUCCCAGAUGAUGCCAGCCAGUGUGCUAACUGGAAACGUUAUCAUAGAGACAAAGUUUUUUGAUGACGAUCUUCUUGUAAGCACAUCCAGAGUGAAGCUUUUCUACGUUUGA